GGCGAUUGUAAACUAUCAUUUGUGAAUAUUAGUUACUGAAUUAUGAAUGGAGCUGAUUAUAACACAGACUGUAAUAACUACUCACCUUUUGCUUAGCCACCCUCUUACUGUCCCUCUGUUUGCUGAUUUCCAGACUUUCCAAUAGUAUAUUCAUCCCCAUUUUAAACACCCCUCCUUCUUUGACAGAUGGAGUGUGGCAUGUCUCUUCUCUAGUUCUACAAGUUCUGUUGUGGUUGAUGAGGUCAACAUUUGGUGUGCAGAUUUUGCACAGAUGGGGCAGAUAUCUGCCGAUAAUCAUUAAAUCUGAACAUGUUUCAAAUAGUAAUUAACUGAAUUGUUUGUUUCUCCUUUUAGGUGGUGUUACCGAACCUCCUGGUGAGUAUAUCGCUCCCAUUGUAAAGAGGGCAAUGUUAACAGUAAUAUGAAAGCUCUUAUGAACUUCAUCCAGUAUGUUUUAAUGUCCGCUACAUAAUAACUAAGUUAAAAACUGUCACAACAGAUUAUAGGCGCUUCAGUGCGACUGAACCUCAAGAGUUGCUUGUAGUUAUCAUCUUGUUAAGGAAACAAAAUGUGUCCAUGCCAUGGAGGGAAUGUAAAAACGAUUCACGGGUUUGGGAACAGAAAUUGUGAUUUAGCCACAUGAGAAGAAAUUGCAAGGACUAGGAAUACAAAGUACAGUAGAUACUGGAUUACAAAAUAAGAAAUAAAGUGCUGGAGUAACUGAUCAUGUCAGGCAUCAUCUCUGGGAUCAUGAAUAGGUGAUAUUUCGAGUCGGGACCCAUCUUCAGACUAGAACAUUUUUCUCCAGGGAUUGUAGAAUGGAAAGUCAUCUCUGUCCCUUUGGACUCCAGGUGCAUGCACCACUGUCUCAGCAUGAGAGGAAGAUAUUUUGGGAUUGAAAUACGAUUAGUUGUUUCACUCAGAAGGUGGUGUAUUUUUGUCAUUCUUCAUUCCAGAGAGCAUUCGAGGACAUUCAGAAGUGAUUGGUAGUUUUCUGGACGUUAAAGGAUAUGUAGAUUGUGCUGGAAAAUGGACCUGAAAUAGAAGAUUGCUAGUUCAAAUGGCCAUAUGUCUGACUCCUGUUCCUAAUUCUUACUUUCUUUUCUGAUAUUCAGAUUUAUGUGUUAGAAGGCAACUACAGUACCCAACUUCAUGUGUGGUGUUAAUUCAUCGUAAAGGCUUGUCAUUUUUGUGAUCAUCUUUGCCCCUCUCUUGAACAAAGGAGUAACCCUUGCAUUCCCUCUCUCUCCAUCCCUCACCUGCUGCAAUCAUCCUACUAGUUUUACUGUUUGUAUCCCCUCGUUAUUACCUCCUGCAAAGUCAACAAUGAACCAUGUGGGCUCUUUGACCAUUAGUGCAGGCUCUGAUUUGUUCUGUACAUUUUCAAACCUCUAAUUUCUCUCUCACCGGUCUCUCAGUUUGAGGAAGGGUCUCGACAUGAACCGUCACCUAUUUCUUAGCUACUGAAUUAUGAAUGGAGCUGAUUAUUACACAGACUGUAACAACUACUCACCUUUUGCUUAGCCACCCUCUUCCUGUCCCUCUGUUUGCUGACUUUCCAAUAGUAAAUUCAUCCCCAUCUUAAACACUCCUCCUUCUUUGACAGUUCCUUUAGAUGGAGGGUGGCAUGUCUCUUCUCUGGUUCUACUAGUUCUGUUGUGGUUGAUGAGGCUAACGUGUGGUCUGCAGACUUUUGCACAGAUGGGGCAGAUAUCUGCUGAUAAUCAUUAAAUCUCAACAUGUUUCAAAUGAUAAUUAACUGAAUUGUUUUGUUUCUCCUUUUAGGUGGUGUUACCGAACCUCCUGGUGAGUAUAUCGCUCCCAUGAUAAAGAGGGCAAUGUUAACAGUAAUAUGAAAGCUCUUAUGAACUUCAUCCAGUGUGUUUAAAUGUCCGCUACAUAAUAAACAAGUUAAAAAACUGCCACAACAGAUUAUAGGCGCUUCAAUGCGACUGAACCUCAAGAGUUGCUUGUAGUUAUCAUCUUGUUAAGGAAACAAAAUGUGUCCAUGCCAUGGAGGGAAUGCAAAACAGAUUGACGGGAUAGGUAACAGAAAUUGUGAUUUAGCCACAUGAGAAGAAAUUGCAAGUAUUAGGAAUACAAAGUACAGUAGAUACUGGAUUACAAAAUGAGAAAUAAAGUGCUGGAGUAACUGAUCAUGUCAGGCAUCAUCUCUGGGAUCAUGAAUAGGUGAUAUUUCGAGUCGGGACCAUUCUUCAGACUAGAACAUGUUUCUCCAGGGAUUGUAGAAUGGAUAGUCAUCUCUGUCCCUUUGGACUCCAGGUGCAUGCACCACUGUCUCAACAUGAGAGGAAGAUAUUUUGGGAUUGAAAUACGAUUAGUUGUUUCACUCAGAAGGUGGUGUAUUUUUGACAUUCUUGAUUCCAGAGAGCAUUCGAGGACAUUCAGAAGUGAUUGUUAGUUUUCUGGACGUUAAAGGAUAUGUUGAUAGUGCUGGAAAAUGGACCUGAAAUAGAAGAUUGCUAGUUCAAAUGGCCACAUGUCUGACUCCUGCUCCUAAUUCUUACUUUCUUUUCUGAUAUUCUGAUUGAUGUGUUAGAAGGCAACUACAGUACCCAACUUCAUGUGUGGUGUUAAUUCAUCGUAAAGGCCUGUCAUUUUUGUGAUCAUCUUUGCCCCUCUCUUGAACAAAGGAGUAACCCUUGCAUUCCCUCUCUCUCCAUCCCUCACCUGCUGCAAUCAUCCUACUAGUUUUACUGUUUGUAUCCCCUCGUUAUUACCUCCUCCAAAGUCAACAAUGAACCAUGUGGGCUCUUUGGCCAUUAGUGCAGGCUCUGAUUUGUUCUGUACAUUUUCAAACCUCUAAUUUCUCUCUCACCGGUCUCUCAGUUUGAGGAAGGGUCUCGACAUGAACCGUCACCUAUUUCUUUCCUCUAGAGAUGCGACCUGCCGAGCUAAUUUGCUGCAACAUGUUGUGUCAAUCCAUCAGACCCAAUGUUCACUUUGAAUCUACUUUCUCUUUCUGCUCUUCUUCAGUGGGGAAUUGCAAAACUGCGUGGUUUGACCGUGAUAACCCAUCAGGAAAUGGAGAUUAUGAAAUCUUCCCCAAUCUGCGAACUGAGAAUCCCGGUCAGAUCUGCAUGGAUCCAAUCGCCUGUGAGGUGGAGACAACAUCAGGGAUUCCGGCCUCACAGACUGGAGAGAACAUUGCCAGUUGCAACGUUUCUACUGGAUUCUUUUGUGUGAACAGCAACCAACGUGAUCGCGCAUGUCAAGAUUACAGAAUACGAUUCACCUGCCCUGAUUCCUUUUGUGGUGUUACCGAACCUCCUGGUGAGUAUAUCGAUCCCAUUAUAAAGCGGGCAAUGUUAACAGUAAUAUGAAAGCUCUUAUGAGUUUCAUACAGUAUGUUUUAAUGUCCGCUACAUAAUAACUAAGUUAAAACAGAUUAUAGGCGCUUCAGUGCGACUGAACCUCAAGAGUUGCUUGUAGUUAUCAGCUUAUUAAGGAAACAAAAUGUGUCCAUGUCAUGGAGUGAAUGCAAAACAGAUUCAUGGGAAAGGUUGCAGAAAUUGUGAUUUAGCCACAUGAGAAGAAAUUGCAAAGACUAGGAAUACAAACUACAGCAGAUAUGGAUUACAAAAUGCUGGAAUAACAGAACGUAUCAGGCAUCAUCUCCGAGAUCAUGAAUAGGUCCUGUUUCGAUUCGGGACCCAUCUUCAGACUAGAACCUUUUUCUCUAGGGAUUGUAGAAUGGGAAGUCGUCUCUGACUCCUGCUCCUAAUUCUAACUUUCUUUUCUGAUAUUCUGUUUUAUUUGUUAGAAGGUAACUAGAGUACUCAUAAAAACUUUGUGUGGUGUUAAUUCAUCGUAAAGGCCUGUCAUUUCUGUGAUCAUCUUUUCCCCUCUCUUGAACAAAG